GAAAGUAAGGGAUAAGGAGGUGAGAACACGUGGAGAGAAAGAGGAGUAUCGAGAAAAGUAGGAAGAAGAUAAACAUCAAGACUGUAAGAAAUGAAAUAAAGGAAGUCUUGUCCAUCCAUGCCUCUAGUCCAUCUCUUACUCUUCCCCAGGAUUAGGACUUUUUGGUCAUCACAAUGGCCCACAACCAAAGCACUCCCCUUCGCCUCCCGUCCAACUUCUCCCUCCCCCAAAUCAUCCCUCCAUCCCUCACAAACCCCUCCUCAUCCCUCCAUCCGUUCUCCUCCUCUACAUCCCCCUCCCUGUUCCUGUCCACCUCCAUCCACAUCCUGAACACCACCAACACGUCUGUUUUCGGGGAAAACCAAAGCAUUGUGGGUGAUACCACCUCCACGACAGUAGGGGCUCUCAUCCUGUGUCUGGUCUUGCUGCUGGGCCUCCCCGGCAACCUCUUCAUCAUCUGGAGUAUCCUGGCGCGUGCCCGCCGCCGCUCCGUCACCACCCUCCUCAUCCUCAAUCUAGCGGUGGCCGACGGCUCGCUCAUGGCGCUCACGCCCUUCUUCGUGAUCUACCUGGUCAAGAAGACCUGGGUUUUCGGCAACAUCAUGUGCAAGAUACUCUUUUACUUGUGCCUGGCCAACAUGUACGCCUCCAUCCAACUGAUCAUGCUGAUGAGCCUGCACAGGCUGGUGGCCGUGGUGUGGCCUAAGCGCGUCGCUGCACUUGCUGGACGGAAGGCGGUACUGCGCGGGGUGCUGGUACUGUGGACCAUGGUGCUGGUCGCGUCCAUCCCUGCGUUGCUGUUCAGGGACGUGCGGAAGACCGUGCACCCAAACGGGAAGAGACGCGUAGUGUGCGAGUCGUUGCACAAGCAGCAGAGUCAUGUGGUGCUCCAGUACACGUUGGAAACAGUGCUGGGAUUUGUAGUUCCUUACGGGGUGAUUAUAGGCAGCUACAUCUGCAUCCUGCGGAGGAUCAGGCAGACAAGGUUCAGGAGGAGGAUCCGCAGUGAGAAUCUCAUCCUGGCCAUCGUGGUAACCUUCGGGGUCUUCUGGUUGCCCUACCAUGUCAUCAACAUUGUGCAGGUUGCUGCAGCACUUUCUCCAAAUGAUUCAGCUCUAAAAGCAAGGCUUGACUCUAUUUGGCAGACCAGCCGUGCGGUCACCUCAGCCCUGGCCUUCAUCAGCAGCUGUGCCAACCCUGUCCUCUACACUUUUGUUGGCAAGUCCUACAUCAGGCGGGACGGGUUUGCCUUCAUGGCCCGCUUGUUCGAGGGCACGGCGCAGGACUCUGGGACAAGGAAGAGCCGACAGAACAGCCAGAAUAGCCGAGAGAGAGACAGGGAUGCAAAGGAGGUCGGACUGAAGGAAAAGGAGGGAGACCUAGAGUCGACAACCAGCUCCAAUGUCAUGAGUCCCGUCUGUGUGAAAUCUGUUAAGAAUGGCAAGCCGGGCCCAAUUCCGACUUAGGAAAUGAUGCCUUUCUUUUGCACACCUCUCCCUACACAUUUCUCAGUAGUUGGUAUUCACACUUACCUUAUGAAGGUGAGUAACGGGCUUUGCAGGAGUGGUUCCCUUACGCGCGCUGAAAAAAUGUCAUUCACCUGCUGAAAACCCUCUCACUUACUGGCCAACAGAUUUUCUCGUGGAGUUUUCAUUCAAUAGUGUUUUCAGUACAUUUAUUUAGCCAUCCCUUUAAAUAUGGCGUACCUUUUAGUUUGAAUUUUGUUAACAGACUCAAUACAAUAUAUCGAGAGAAUUGGUUCAGAAUAUUAGGGAUCAAUUAAAGAAAGCCAUCUAAAUAUAUGUAUAUGCAUACUCAUCUCAGUUUCAGCACCAAGUGGUAGAUUUGAAAAUACUCUGAUCUUUUAGAUUAUUUAGGGUUAGGAAAUUAUUUGUGAAUCAUAGAAAAAGGUUUGGAGGAAGAAAACGGGUUUGAUUCAUUCAGAAAACUGCCACGUUCAGAUCUUUAACUCAUGGUAAUUUUGGAUGAUUUAGUGAACAAAGAAUUAUAAUAGGGAGAAUAGUGUGCAAUAGAAGGCUAUACCCUUAUCUAUUGCCUGCACUAACCAUGGAACUGUGUGACGACACAUCCAAGUAUUGCACCAUGCGUUAUGUUCAAACUGUUACGUUUGGUCUGUGCUCCUCUCCAUAACGAUUGAAUUAGCAAUGUCUUUAAAAAAAAAUAUAUAUAUAAACUGUUACUUAUGAUCCUCACCAACAACCACAUGCCCGCGAUGGCGUUUACAGAGGAAGCGAAAGAAGGUUAACGAAAUAAUGUCAUCAAAUGGAAUGAUAAUGUAGACUAUACCAACUGAAGGGAACUAACAGUAAAUUGGCAGUUGAACAUGUGCUGUUAUUAGGCCUACUGACGAUUGAUGCUGAUAGUGGCUAAUAUUUAACAUGAUAGAAAUAGGAAACGGAGAAGGUCGGGGUAGUCUAUGAUCAAGACAUUCGAGAGUGCCCAUCCCAGCAAGGUAAGACCGUACAAUUUAAAUUCUGCCUAAUGGCACAGCAUUUCAUCAACGUCACUGUGGGAAAGUUAAUAUGCUUCAGUUUUCUACCAUUUGACUGGGUUCACAUAUGCCUCCAGCAAUUAUAAGAUCAAAUAUAUCUAAAACAAGUGACAUUUAUCCAUUAUCCAAAGGGAUUACUCAUUUACCUAGCUCUUCCCAAUAGUUCUUAUCAAGUUGUAAAUUAGACAAAAAUUAAGUAUAUGCUUUUCACACUUUUUUCCUUAUUCAUGGUUUCCUCACACUAAAGGUGUUGGAAUUAUUACCUUCAUUUAUUCGGUCUCCACCCCAAAUUAAUAGCAGGUAAAUAGCAUGCUAUUCUCAUGCUUAAAUUCAAGGUCAGAAUACGCAUAGAGAGAAAAGUGCAUAAAAAAGCAAUUUCCGUCCAUUUACACACGCUUAAUUAUGGGCCCGAUUCAGACUUAGGAAUUUAUGCCUUUCCUAUGCAUGCCUUUCCUAUGCAUGCCUUUCCUAUGCAUGCUUUUCCUAUGCAUGCUUUUCCUACGCACUUUACAGUAUUUGGCAUUCAGACUUACUUAGUCGUGUAAAGGGCUCUGCAGGUGUGGCUACCUUUCGCACUCUGAAUAAAUUGCAUUCAACUGCUGAAAACCCUCCCAUAUGCUGGGCAACAGAUUUUCUCUUGGAGUUUUCAUUCAAUUGGGGUUGUCCUAUAGCUCUGGUCUCCAAUUUUCAUCUUUGCAAAUUAUGAGAGCACCCAAUUAGAAUUCUGAAUAACUGCAUGUCUAUUGAUAUCCUAUUUCACCGUGCAAUACAGUACAGUACAUUUCAGUUUGCUUACAUAUGUCUGGUUUCACAUAAGGAAAUCAUAAGGGGAAAUGAUCUAAAGCAAUUACUAUGUGUAUUUACAAUCCCCUUCUCAAAACGGAUUACUCAUUUUCCUAGCUCUUAUCAAUAGAUAUGAUCAAGUUGUAAAUGCCAGCGCAUGGAGAAAUGGUGUUAUUUCUAUUGGAACAAAUGAAGUAGAUGCUUUUUCCACUUUGAACCGGCAGGUUCGCUAGACCUUAUUCAUGGUUUCCUCGCGUAAAGGUGGUGGAGUUAUUAGGGAAUUAAGUCAAGGUCAGAAUAGGACAUAUCUGUAGACACUCCUCCGCCUCACCUUCAUUUAUUCGGUCUCCACCUCGAAUGAAUAGUGGAUGAAUAGCAUACUAUUCUCAUGCUUAAGGUUAGAAUACGCGUAGAGAGGACAACGCAUUUUUAACAAAAAGGAAUACUGUUCCAUUUACCCACGCUUAACUCUGGUUGGAAACUGGGCCAUAUUGACUGGAAGAUGAAUGAGUUGGAUGCUAUUGCUGAAGCUGUUUUGGAGGGAAUGUAGUUUCCUGUAGUUCGCCCUGUUGGCCACUAGUUGUGCAAGUCAUGUUUCCUAAUGGUUCAUGAUUGACUUACCGACUGACUGAACCAUAUCUCUGUUUUUAGAGGUGGUGAUUCAAGCUCAGUGGGGGGUGGAGUGAAUUUAGUCAAUUGUCUUUACAGUAUGCUUUGUCUGUCUGUCUCACCUUCUCUGCUUUUGUGUGUGUGUGUGUGUGUGUGUGUGUGUGUGUGUGUGUGCACGUGAUUUACUGCUGUAAGUACAGUACAAUACCAAAUUGUUACAGAGUAAAAAGAGCACUGUAUAAUGUAAAGUGUUACCAAUAUUUGUAUAAUUGUUUACCACAUUUAUUUGAUCAAAAGCAUUAAG